AUGAGCUCGCUAAAAAUCAGUCAGCAACUGAGGAUUCUUUAUAAACUGGAGUACAGGAAAUUAAUUUUAAUACGUAGUUACAUUGGAAGGCAAAACUUGGAAGGGAUAACCUUGGAUGGCACAACUGAUAUUUUUAAGUAUGAAAAAGCCUUGAGGAUAUUUUUCGAGGCUAACAUUUGGAGUAAAUAUGGGAAGCACUUUUGUUAUGAGACAGAUGGAUGCCAAUGUUUUAACAUGGGUUCUGAGAAGACUCAUCUCUAUUCUUGUCACUUUUGUUGGAACAGAAGUUAUCAGUUCAAGGAUACAUAUUUGAACACAAUCGGAACUUACCUACAAAGGGUAUUGGGAGAUGAAAAUGUGUUGAUUGUGAAAUUUCUAGAAGAAGGCAUGUGUGGCACUAACGAGGAAGGAAUUCUUGUUGGUAUGAGACAUGUCCGAUUUUUCGUAUUCAAAGAUGAGUGCAAAAGGAAGAAGAAAAAUCCAAUGAAUGCAGAGGAAAAAGCUACUGAAUGUGCUCUAAAAUGCUAG